CACAAUGUGGCUGUACAACCUGUUUCUGUGCCUUGAGCUCAGGGGAACGCUGCUGUUUGUUUUGCCCAUUCUCCUUGCAGUCUACUUUCUGAACAAAAAGGAUCCACCCAACUUUCCACCAGGACCACCAGCUCUUCCUCUUUUAGGGAAUGUAUUCAGCAUUGAACCUAAGCAGCCUCACAUUUACUUAACCAAGCUCGCUGAUGUUUAUGGGAAUGUUUUCUGCAUACGUCUGGGAAGAGACAAAACAGUGUUUGUGUCUGGAUACAAGAUGGUGAAAGAAGCCUUGGUGACCCAGGCCGACAACUUUGUGGAUCGACCUUACAGUCCGAUGGUGACAAGGAUUUAUUCAGGAAACUCAGCGGGUCUCUUCUUCAGUAAUGGGAAGGUGUGGAGGAGACAGCGGCGUUUUGCUAUGGCCACAUUACGGACCUUUGGUCUGGCCAAGAGCUCCAUGGAGGAAAGCAUCUGUGAGGAGAGUUGUCAUCUGCAGGAGGCCAUGGAGAGGAAGAAAGGGGAGUCAUUUGACCCUGUGCCCCUCUUAAACAACGCUGUGGCCAACAUCAUAUGUCAGAUUGUGUUUGGGAGGAGAUUUGACUACAGUGACCCCCGCUUCCAGAGGAUGCUGCAGGAUCUGAAUGCACUGGCCUACCUGGAAGGCUCCGUCUGGGCUUUUCUCUACGAUGCCUUCCCAGUCCUGAUGAAACACCUGCCCGGGCCUCACAAUGGCAUUUUUAGACACGCCAAAUCUUUAGAAGCAUGUAUCAGGGAAGAGAUAGAGCGGCACAAGUUGGACCUGGACCACAGUAACCCACAGGAUUACAUCGACACCUUCCUCAUAGAGGAGAAACUCAACAGGAACCAGGAACUGGGCUUUGAUGAAGGUAACCUGGCUCUGUGUUGUCUGGAUCUGUUCCUGGCAGGCAGUGAAACCACUUCAAAGACUCUCCAGUGGGGUCUCAUCUACCUCAUCAAGAACCCACACAUCCAGGACAAAGUCCAUGCAGAGAUAGACAGAGUGAUGGGACAGAACCGCCCACCCACUAUGGCAGACAAGCCGGACUUACCCUACACCGAUGCAGUCAUCCAUGAGAUGCAGAGGAUGGGAAACAUCGUUCCUCUCAAUGGACUCAGAAAGGCAGCCAAGGACACAAUACUAGGAGGUUACUUUAUUCCCAAGGGUACGUCUGUGAUGCCGAAUCUAACAUCUGUGCUGUUUGACAAGUCUGAAUGGGAGACUCCUAACACCUUCAAUCCUGAACACUUCCUCGAUGCAGAGGGAAAGUUUGUGAGGAGAGAUGCAUUUUUACCUUUUUCUGCAGGGAAGCGUGCAUGUCUUGGUGAGGGCCUGGCGAGAAUGGAGCUGUUCUUGUUUUUUGUAAGUUUGUUGCAGAAGUUUAAUUUCUCCACUCUGGACGGAGUUGAGCUGAGAACAGAAGGAAUCACUGGAGCAACACGUACACCACACCCAUUUGAGAUCUAUGCCAAGGCCCGCUGAAGACAAGAGCCUGUUCCCUCUGAGAUAUCUGUUAAAGUAAACCCGAAUAAACAUCUACUGUAAGGCAUGACUGGAGCUGAGGCACACAAAAUCACAAUCAGAAUACUUCUUUAAUCCCAGGAGAAAUUGUUGUGUGUUAUAGUUGUUUGGUGCAAAAAAGUAGCAGGAAAGAAAUACUAAUACAAAAUCACACAAUAUGUGGUUGUAAUCCAUUGUUUUUUUCUUUCCUCUUUGUUAACUUGUACAAAUGUUCUCUGUUGAAUCCUUGCUUAUCGAUCAAAUAAAUGUUAUUGUAGA